ACUCCUCAAGAAGCAACAUCUUAGCCAGCCGGGAUACAAGAUUAAGAUUGUUUUUUUUUGUUUUGUUUAUGUUGCAGCUUAAGAAGUUGUUCAAACGAUAGAGUGUUUGUUUUUGUUGGAAGCGGCAAUUGUCGAAAGUGAAGAUCAAAUUUUCGGAUCAUUCGGGUGAUCGGUUGGAACUGUUUUGGUGAAACGUGCAGCUAGUUGAGACUAGGAAAAGUGUCAAAAAUAAAAAAUAAACUUUUGAGAACUGUUCAGUUAAGCGACAAGUGUCAACAGAUUGUUAGUGUUUUAUUUUUGAAACUUUGAGCCAUCUACAACAGACGCAAUGGCAGUAGCCGGUUUGAACAUGUCACCGAUUUUCUCUGGAUACCCGUUCCAAGGCCAGGGACGCGUGAACCAGCUCGGAGGAGUCUUCAUCAAUGGACGCCCGCUGCCCAAUCACACUCGGCUAAAGAUCGUAGAGUUGGCGGCCAGCGGAGUGCGACCCUGUGUGAUCUCCCGGCAGCUGCGGGUUUCGCAUGGAUGCGUCUCGAAGAUUCUGAAUCGCUACCAGGAAACCGGCUCGAUUCGGCCGGGCGUGAUCGGAGGAUCGAAACCUCGCGUAUCGACGCCGGAAAUCGAAACGAAAAUCGAGGAAAUGCGUAAAGCUAAUCCCGGUAUCUUCAGCUGGGAGAUUCGCGAAAAUUUAAUCAAAGAAGGAAUCUGCGAUAAAAAUUCGGCUCCCUCGAUCAGUUCGAUUACGCGGUUGCUGAAGGGAGGACGUUACGGUGAACUAGAACCCAGGGGAAACCAUUCCAUCAAUGGAAUUUUGGGGGGUUCGUCGUGUGACGACGACGAUGACGACAGCGAUACCGCAUCCGAACCAGGAUUCGAACUGAAGCGCAAACAAAGGCGAUCUCGCACAACCUUCAACGGUGAGCAGCUGGAAGCACUGGAAGUUGCAUUCGCUAGAACACAGUACCCGGAUGUUUACACUCGCGAAGAGCUGGCUCAAAAGACCCGGCUUACUGAGGCCAGAGUUCAAGUUUGGUUCUCGAAUCGGCGCGCUCGUCUGCGCAAACACAUGAACUCCUCGCAACUGUCGGCAUUCAAUUCCCAGUACUCGUCACAAUUCGAACAACAAGCUGCCGUUUCAGCAGCCGCUGCCGUAGCUGCCUCUGGACCUGGCAUUGCAGCCUCAAAUUCGGCCGGAUUUGCAUCCUCAAUGCAAUCCUGGGGUCAACCGUGCUACCCAACGGCCAACCAAACCUCGAUCCACGCUGCUUCCCAGACCGCCUACAAUCCACUGGCUCAAACAAUGCUUCAUCCCACGUCAGCAACCAUGAGCCCACCAGCAUCCCUCAGUCCACCGACCUCGAUCAGCCCCGUACAUUCCGGACACAGCAAAAUGGCCCCAUCGUCGUCGUCGCCGGUGCAAAACUCCUCCAGCAACUACAACUACUUCCCGAUGUUUGACAACAACCACGCACAAUCGUACGCAAUGGGUUCCGCGUACGGAUCCAACAAUGUGACCAGCUCGAAUGCGGCCGCCGCCAUGGACAGCAGCAAUUCCCAGCAGUGGCGCUCUUCCCACUCCGCCCACAACAAAGCUGCCGAAUGGGACGCUUAUAGCUCAUUCUUCUCGAACAACAUGAACCACCAUCAUCAUCACCAUUACUCGAGUUCGGCUGCUGCAGCGGCUGUAGCCGCGGAAGCCAAGUCCGGAUAUCCCUACUUCGGCCAAUUUGGCGGACUCGAUAUGAGCCGUCUGCCCUAGGAAAAAACACCCAACACUGCGACUGCGAUACGCACACACACACACAUAUACAGAAACAUACGUGCACUCAUCGAAGCAAGAGAGCUAAAACAAUAAAUUAAUCAUAAUUAACAGCUGCUGCCACCUCGAUUCCUCGCCCGGACGUCAGGGUGUUGCAGAACGUAAGGCGUGAAAAUGAAAUAUGGAUGGGGCUGGGCGCACAAAUGCAUAAUUUAUAAAGUUACUCACACGUACCGAUAGAUAAUAACACCUUCGAAGCGCGGAGUUUUUUUUUCAGGCCACUAAAGUUUAGUAGCCCGCCGGUACUUUGUAGCAUUUCGUACCGGAUUUCGUUUUUUAUUUUCCUUGUAGUCUUACACCUCCCAGCACCGUGUUCAUCCCUAAAUGUACCUUAGCUAAUUUUUACGAGCUUUUGCGCGCCUACUAUAACCGGACGCGCUCGCUGUUCGCCCGGUUGAAUGUGUAAAUAUUUGGACCUUGGGUGCUGCGGGGUUUUGGUGGCCUGUCCACGAGUUAUUUGGUAUAGUUUAGUUAUUAGUACAGGUACCAGCAGGAGACGAAACACAAUCAGAGGAAAUUUAUUAGACUGUUUUUUUUUCAGCACUUAGGUUAGGAAUGUAGCCGAUAAGACGAAACAAAAAAUUACGAUAGAGAACUUUUCCUUAUGUUAGUUGUUAGGCAGAAUGUGGUAUUUAUGUCUUCUAUAGUACAAAGAGAGA